AUGGAAGCAUAUCCUGACACUUUGUACGUAGGCUCCUACUUGAUGCUGGGGAUCCGUCGUCUCACUACCGUUGAUAUACCUUUGGUCUGUAGACGCGUAUCGAGACUGGUUUAUUCGCCAGUUAAAGGCACUUUUAACGUCGAAGCGAUUAGCGAGACCACCUUCGACCGCAACCUUGCCCGUUCAAUUGCAUUUGUUAGAACGAGCAGUGCUUGCUCUGUGUUGCGUCCUGGGCGGCCGCCGAACAGUGUGUUUGGGAGGAGUUUGCGCGUUUCGGCCCAGUAUGACAGGCGUCUUACCAUAUUGGCCUCCAGCAGUUUCCCUAAGGUGUUCAAGAGGGAGAUCCGUCGGUACGCGCCAGGCACCGCGUAA